AUGUUUUUUUUUUUAAAAAAAAAAAAUUUAAAGCUUGAUUUUAAAUAUAGAAAUUAUAUUUGUGGAAAUAAAAUAAAAUUAGUUUCUUCAAAAAAACUAUUAUAAGCAGUUAAGCAUUCAUUACAGACAACAGAACUAACUUGCUUUUAAAAAUUUGUAAAGUCAAAUGGAUCUAAAGCUUUUAUUUGUAGGACUGUUUGGAGAAAAGAUAAAAAUCCUUAUUGUUGGAUUAUUACUAAUAAAAAUGACUUUUAUGCAAAUGAAAAAAUUGGAGAAUAAUAGAAAUAUGUUACUAAUGUUGAAAUUAUUAAUUCUUAAUUUGUAGCUGAUUUUAUUAAAGAUGAGUCUGGAAUUUGGUGGCUUAUAAAUAUAAAAUCUUUUACUUUUGAAUAACCUAUACCUAAAGAAAUUGAUACAAAAUAAAUUACUCAUUAUGGAGAUUUUAAUAUAUAAAUUAAAUAAAAAAACAUAGGAACAAAAAAUAUAGUUGGUUAAAAAGAUUUGACAUAUAAAAUAUUGAUAUAAAUGCACUUUAUAAAGAAUAUGUAGUAUGUAAUAUGUGCUUUAAACUUUAUACUUAAAUUGAGAAACUUAUUUAAGAUGAAUUUAAUUUUGCAAAAAUGUUAGGUAUUUAAUGUAAUGAAGAAACCAAAUGCAAUAACUUUGGAUUUAAUUAAAAUUAUUUAAAUGGAAAAAAUCAACUGUGUAUUAGAUUUAGGUCUAAACGUAUAAUUAAGUAUUAAUGAUAAUUUUCCUAUGAUUAGCAAUAAAGUUUAGAUUAAUUUGGAUAGGUUUAGAAUAAUGAUUUUACUAUAAUAUUUGAGAGACAUUCCUUUAGAAAGAGAUUAAAAUGCUAAUUAUUAUGUAGAAUAUAUUAUUUUUGAAUAAAAAACAAGGUAUAAAAUUGACUUAAAUAUUUCCUAAACAAAUUGUAAAAGUUUAACUUGUUUUAUUCCUUUAAAUAAAAUUAAAAUUUUGUAUUUUUUUUCUUAAUAAAGAGAUGGAUUACAUUAAUAUAUUACUGAAAAACAAUAUUUAACUAUGAGUUUAUAUUAAGAAAAUACAAAAAUAGGAAGUUUAGAUAUUUAAUUAAAAGAUUUUUUAAAUGAAUAAGUAAUUAAAAAUGAAUAUUAUAAAUUCUUUUCUGGAAAAUCAUUACCUAUUCUUAAAUGGGGAAUAAAUCUUACUAUAGGAGUAUUUAAUUCAAAAUAAAUAGAUGUUACAAGAAUUAAUUUAAAAUAUCAUCAUGGGGUUUAUUUACCUAAUGUUGAUUAUUAUACAUGUGAACCUUUACCAAUAGAAUGGAUAUAGUUAAUAAGUUAAAAAGAAGAUAUAAAAUCACAUGAAGAUAAUGAAAAUGUAAAAGUUAAAGAAAAAAAUCUAUUAUAUAUGAUUAUUUUUUUAAAAUGA